ACCCUGCGAUAGUUUCAGCUAUUCAUAAAACAUUUCCAUCAACAAAGCAUAAUUACUGUAUCUGGCACCUUCGCAAAAACUUUGACAAAAAUCUGAGAGGAAUCCAGUCUACUCAACGUGUUGAAGGUUAUAAUUCUCUAAUUAAACGAUCGGUCAAAAGUUUAGCAACAUUGUUUGAAUUGGAUACACAUAUCCAGUCACUUCUUAACAAAGAACAACAAUUUGAACGGCAUGAACAAUCAAAUCAAAAUCUAACAGUUGGUUUACCGAAUGUUGUCAGAAGAUACUUCAAAAGAAUAGAUGCUAUUAUCAAAAAAUUUCUUACUCCUCGUGUUUUAAAGAUGCAGCACAAUCAAAUGAAUGAAAGUUUACUUUAUCAACAAUCUGAUAAUAAAGAACAAUCUGAUAAUGAAGAACAAGGCGAUGAUAAAGAACAAGACGAUGAUAAAGAACAAAACGAUGAUAAAGAACAAGGCGAUGAUGAAGAAUAA